AGAAGAAGAAGAAGAAAAGUUUCGGGAAGAGCAGGAGGGAGGGGAUUCCGGAGUGGAAGUGUAGUAAUCCGACAGCGAGCAUGACCGACGCCGAGGCGCAGAGCGCUCCACCAUCGGCACCUGUGGAAGACAAGCCACAGCCUGAGAGGAAAGUCAUAGCCACCUUGGUCCAAGGCACAGUGAAAUGGUUCAAUGUGCGGAAUGGAUAUGGCUUCAUAAACAGGAAUGACACUAAAGAAGAUGUGUUUGUUCACCAGACUGCUAUCAAGAAGAACAAUCCUAGGAAAUUCCUCCGCAGUGUGGGAGAUGGGGAGGUCGUAGAGUUUGACGUGAUUGAAGCAACCAAGGUAAGAAUCAGAGUUGAUUCGAUUGUGUUGCAUAACAGUUGUCUGCUAGUUUUACAUUUCUCAUUCCUGCUCCUCUUUGGUGUCUCUCAGGGCUCAGAAGCAGCCAAUGUAACCGGUCCAGGCGGCGUUCCAGUCAAAGGCAGCCGCUACGCACCCAACAAACGCCGCUUCCGUCGGCGGUUCUUCCCCCGCAGCCCUAGGCCUGGUGAACAGGGCAAACCAGCUGAUGGCGAAGCCCCAGCUGCUGAGGGCGAGGGCGAAGGGGAGAAUGGUGGAACGAGACCUCCGCAGCGGCGCCGUAGGCCCCGCAGACCACGACCGGAUGCACAAGAAGGUGAGGCAGCAGAGCAAAAGAACGACGUAGCAGAGGGCGACCAAACGCAACGGCAGCCACAGCGUAGAUUCUGGCGCCCAUACCGCAGACCGUUCCGCCCUCGCCCGCCUCCUGAUCAGGCUGCAGACGACCAGCAGGCUGCUUCAGAAGAGAGCCAGGAGCAAAGCGUGGUGAAGCAGACGGAGGCAUCCGAGGGCCCCCCCACCAAUGGAGAAGUAGCAGAGGGCCAGAAACCUCGCCGCCAGUCUAGACGCCGCAGGCAAAGGAACUCUGAAUCCUCUACCUUGAAAAACGAUACAGAGAGGUCUGCAUCAGAGCCUGGUACCCCCCCUCCGACCUCAAAACCAGCUGACCUUAAAUCCACGUCAAAAUCACCAAAGGGCUCCCCCAAAACCUCUCCUAAAACAUCGAAAUCACCCGAGGCAGCUGCCACAAUGGUCCCGGCACCGACAGAGUGACUCUAGAGAGAGGACAGUCACGUGACCCUUGGCAAGAGGUCCUAGGGUUGGAGGACUGGACCUAUUUCAGAACACAUGCACUGCUCCCCCUCCCCAUCCUCCAACCCACCCCGUCCUGUCGUCCCUCUUGCCCGCUCCCCUCUCAUCUUGUCUUGUGUUGUCCUGUCUAGACACUGAUGUUUGGAGAGGGAUGAGGUAGGGAAGAAGGGGAUACAGAUGGGUGGUGGGUGCAUUUUUAGAAAUUAUAAGUACAUCUUUAAAGGAAAAAACAGGAAAGAAUGGACAAUCUGCUUGGUAGCCCAGUUAUUCCAACCCCCCUGUAAAUGUUUUGUCUUUAAUUUCCUAGAUGGGACUCAUCAAGUAGUUUAUAGAGGAAUCAGCCUUGAUUUUUGUUCAACUUUUUUAAUUUGGUUGAAGAGGGGGAAAACCAAGCAGGUGUGAGGUUGGUGGUGCAUUAUGGGAGUCAGUUUAGUUCUGUUAUCACCUCAGUAAAUUCAUACUACUCCCUUUGUCUCCUCAGUUGAGGAUAGAUUGCUGAAAAAAAACUUUUGUUUUACUUAUUUGUGUGCUUUUCUUUGGAGGGGAUUAUGUGCAAUGUCAGUACUUAAAAUGCUAAUUAAUAAAUGUUUGCAAAACUGAAA